AUGCUGAUUUCGGAGUGUUUAUCCACGGCUUCAUUCUCUGUUACUGUCAACGGUGCAUCGGGUGGCUUUUUCCAUAGCACAAAGGGAAUACGUCAAGGUGACCCCUUAUCGCCGUACCUGUUUGUGCUCGCAAUGGAGUGUCUCUCAAGACUGCUAAUGUCGAGAUAUGAGUCCGGUAGCAUAGGGUAUCAUCCGAGAACAGAGGGAAUCAAGUUAUCUCAUCUCAUGUUUGCAGAUGAUGUUAUGAUCUUCUUUGAUGGGUGCAGCAACAGUCUUCACGGUAUAUCAGAAUGUCUCGACGACUUCGCCUCGUGCUACUUCACUCUGGCUGACUGGCACAGGAGCAUUCAUUUAAAUGAAAGCUCUUUCUGGACAAUCGAGCCCUACAAUAAGGAUUCUUGGGCUUGGAAAAGAAUCCUCAAGCUGCGUCCAUUAGCGCUUCAAUUCUGCAAAUCUAAGCUUGGUAAUGGACAGUCAGCUAGCUUCUGGUUUGACGCAUGGUCCCGGUUUGGUCAGCUGAUCACAUUCAUUGGGCCUGCUGGUCCAAGAGCCUUACGGCUGCGCAAGGAGGCGGUAGUGGUAGAUGCUAUUCAAGGCUCAAUCUGGUCUCUUCCCCAUCCGAGAUCUCAGCAGGAAGUGGACUUACAUUCUUAUCUCACUACUAUAUCUCUGCCCCUAAACCCUCAUAUUCUUGAUGAUUAUGAAUGGAUUGCUGGUGAUUCCCCAUUGUGUUCUUUCAGGUCCGCUACUACGUGGGAGGUGCUGAGGCCGAGGCAGGAGGAGAAAGACUGGUACGACGUGGUCUGGUUCAAGGGUUCAGUUCCGAAACAUGCAUUCACUAUGUGGGUUACCAACUAUGACAGACUACCAACGAGGUCUAGACUUGCGGCCUGGGGGCUUCCGGUUUCACCUGACUGUCCCUUCGGCUCUAGAGCGGUAGAAACAAGGGAUCAUCUCAUCCUCACUUGCGAGUUCAGUAUGGAUGUAUGGAAGUUUGUCGUUGAUAGAUGCCAGCAACCGCUUAUUGCAUUUACCGAAUGGUCAGAGCUCCUUUCUUGGAUCAGAGCACCAUCCUCUCCACAGUUGCUCCUUUUGCGUAAAAUAGCCACCCAAACCGUAAUCUUUCACUUGUGGAAGCAAAGGAACAACUUGGUUCACAAUCAGAUAUCACUCCUUCCUGCAUCAGUGUUCCACGGAAUUGACAAGGAGGUGGUUCAAAAUUAA